AUGUUUGGCUGCUGUUUAGCUCUUAGCCUCUGCCACCCUGCCAUUAGCAAAACGAGCUCACCAUCACGCUCUGCUAUCCGCGUAGUCCCCGUUCCGGAAUUCUCCGACUGGGCUCCUCUCUGCCACACUCCCAGGACUAUCCACAAACCCUCCCUCAGUCCGGCCAUUCCAACUGGGCUGUUUUCCAUCACCGCUGCCGAGGUUCGAGCAGCUAUGAACAACUAUGUGACAUUUAUGCUGCAGAAUACCGGCUCCCUCAACAACAAAGCACUACUCAUCCACGACAUUAUCACUGACAGAAGCAUUGACAUCCUAUGCUUAACAGAGACAUGGCAAAAUCAGCAGGACUUUGUGACACUCAAUCAAGCUACACCCCCAGGCUAUUUGUACAUCCAGAAGCCCCGCUCCCUGGGUCGUGGCGGUGGAUUGGCUGUUAUCCACCGAGCUGGCAUCCUGGUUAAAGAACUCCCAGUACCUACUACCACCUCAUUUGAGUGUGUUGUCUUCAAACUGGCUGGGUCUGCUCCGCUCCAGGUUGCCCUCAUUUACCGCCCACCUAAAGCUUCCACUACCUUCCUGUCUGAGCUGUCUGAGUUACUCACCUCUCUCUGCUCCAUGUCUCCAUCAACUCUCCUGCUCGGUGAUUUUAACAUCCACGUUGACUCCAGUAACUGCACAUUCGCUGCUGAAUUCCUCUCACUUUUGGACUGCUUCAGCAUCCAGCAACAUGUCCUGGGCCCCACCCACAUCAAAGGCCACACGCUGGAUCUGGUGUGCUCUACCGGCUCUCCGCCCCCCGACCUACAGCGCCUCGACCUGGCUGUAUCUGACCAUCACGCUAUCCUCUUCACUGUUCCGGUCUCCCUGCCCUGGCAGCAUCCUCAACGCACCAUUAUGUUUAGGAACAUUAAGACUGUGAGUGCACCGGCCCUAUCCGACCUGAUAGCUACCCACAUGGCCUCGGCUCCCUCCGACUCCACCGUGGACGGCCUGGAAACAGUUUGUCUCCAUCAGUGGCUCGAACUCACCCCCAGCCCCAGUCCCACCGGUGUUCCCCAGGGCUCUGUGCUUGGCCCCCUCCUGUUCACCAUUUACAUGCUCCCCCACGGCCAGAUCAUCCGACAUCAUGGACUCAAUUUCCACUGCUACGCUGAUGAUACCCAACUGUAUCUCAGCACCACUCCAUCCUCCCAGCUCCCCCCUCAGUCUCUCAUCAACUGCCUGCAUGACAUCAAAACAUGGAUGUCUUCCAACUAUCUUAAGCUGAACAGCAAUAAAACAGAGCUCAUGGUUGUGGCACCCAAGGCCCUGCUCCAGAAGGUUGGUGACUUCGUCCUCGAGGUCGACGGCUGCUCUAACUCCCCAUCUCCUGAAGCCCGCAAGCUGGGUGUCAUCCUCGACUCCACCCCUUCCUUCCAUUCCCACGUCAAAUCUGUGACCAAAUCGGCCUUUUACUACCUAAGGAACAUUGCCAGACUCCGACCGUCACUCUCGGAGUCGGUUGCCGAAACCCUAGUGCAUGCUUUUGUCACCACCCGCUUGGAUUACUGCAAUGGUGUCCUGUUCUGGGUUCCCAACAAAACCCUGGACAGGCUCCAAAACUUGUUUGGGGCCUUGCUGCGAGGCUGUUGCGCUGACCUCUCCUACCUGAACCUCUCCAAGAACUCCUUCUCUCACAGGAAAGCGAGAGAUUCUCUGCCAACUUUCCGCCAGUUCUUCAGCUCCGCAUUCAGCCUGACCCAUGUCAGCCUGGCCUCGGUGAAAGUCCCUCCUGAUAUGCUGAGGGCUCUGUUUCUAGGUCUGUCCAAUAACCCUCAUAUCAUUGACUUACACCUGGACAUCAGCAGCUGUGAGUUAAGGUCAGCAGGUGCUGGCGUUAUACAGGAGCUGUUUCCUCGAGUUGCGUGCGUGGGGACUUUAGACAUCUCUGAUAAUGGUUUAGAUGCUGACUUGCUGGCUGUCAUCCCAGCGUUCUCCAGGCACCCGUCCCUCAAACACCUGAUGCUGGGGAAGAACUUCAACAUCAAGGGCAGGGUGCUGGAGGAAAUUCUGCAGAAACUGGUUCAUUUGGUGCAAGAGGAAGAGUGUGCCCUGCACUCCCUCUCCCUGGCCGACUCGAGGCUCCGUCAGCGGGGCACAGUGAUGGUCAACGCCCUGGGCUCCAAUGCCUGCCUACGGAAGGUCGACCUGAGCGGAAACCUGCUGGAGGACUCCGGGGCCAAGAUGCUCAGCAAAGCCCUGCAGAUCAACACAACGCUCAGGUGUGUGUUGAAUGCUAAAG